AUGUCGUCUCCGGAGAGCGGAGAUGGAAAGCCCAUCCACAUCCUCUUCGUCGGUGCCGGCGCAGUAGGCUGCUUCUACGCCUCAAGACUUCACCAUCCCUCCAAAAACAUCCACGUCUCCCUCGUCUGCCGCUCCAACUACCCCACCAUCGCCCAAUCCGGCGUCACCCUCGAAACCCGCAACUUCGGCACCUACACCUUCCACCCCCACGCCGUCUACCCCUCCAUCAGCGCCGCCGCCGCCGACGCCUCCCCGCUCGCCCCUCCCUCCGGCCGCUGGGACUACGUCGUCGUGACGACCAAGGCCCUGCCCGACGUCGUCGACGACAGCGCGAGCAUCGCGCCGCUCAUGGCCCGCGACGCCGACGCCCACACGUGCAUCGUGCUGAUCCAAAACGGCGUCGGCAUCGAGGCGGCCCACCGCGCGCGCUUCCCGCGCAACCCCAUCGUCUCGGCCGUGACCGUCAUCAGCGCCGAGCAGCUGCGCCACGGCUUCGUGCGCCAGAACCGCUGGACGCGCAUCAGCAUGGGCGCGUACACGGACGGGAUGGCGGCUGCGGCUGCGACGGCGGAGUCGUCGUCGUCGUCGCCAUCGUCGCCCGACGCCGACGCAUCCACCACGCCGCACCACCACCGCGACGACCUCGCCGCGCGGGGCGACGCCUGCGUGCGGGAAUUGGUGCGGCUGUUCAGCGACGUCGGCGGGCUGCGCGACGCCGAGCACCACACGGAGCUGGCGCUGCAGCAGGUGCGGUGGCACAAGCUGACGAUCAACGCGAGCAUGAACCCGUCGGCGGUGCUGAGCGGGGGGCGGACCAACGCCGAGAUGGCUUCAGCUACGACAGACCCGGAGCUGCGCCGCCACCUCAAGGGCGUGAUGCAGGAGAUCUGGGACGCGGCGCCGGCGGUGCUGGGGGCGCCGCUGCCGGCCGGGCUGGCGAGCCCGGAGAAGGUGUUGGCGAGCACGGAGAGGAAUAAGGGGGGGAAGCCGAGCAUGCUGUUGGAUUGGGAGAGGGGCAGUCCGUUGGAGAUUGAGGUCAUUUUGGGCUUGCCGAUCAGGAUCGCGAGGGCGAGGGGGGUUGAGUUGCCGAGGCUGCAGACGUUGUAUGCGUUGUUGAAGAGUCAGGUGUUUGUGAGGGAGAGGGCCAAGGCGGAGGAGAGGGGGAGGGCGGGUGCGGGCGCGGGUGGUGAGGGGGCGGGGGGCGAGGGGGUGGGCGCGGGUCGGAAGGAGAAGGAGGGUGAGCCGAAGUUGUGA